ACCUGCGCUCUGGGACUUAACGGUCGUGCGCUGCCGCUGGGGUCUAUGGAUCUGUCUGUGCGGCUGCUGCGUGUAGCGUCUCGGAAAGGAAACUGCAUUUCAGGGGCUUGGGGCUCGUGGCGCUGCCGGGAACCCUCCGCGGGAAGCGAGGGAGCAGCCCGAGUGAUCCGGUUUGCGCGGGCUGCGGGCUCUCGGGGGACUCGGAGCACCCCGAGUAAGAGCCGUGCCUCCGGGGUGCUCUCGGCCAGCGGAACUGCCCUGUGAAUGUUUGGAAUUGCAGCCAAAAAACUGGUUUCUCAUGAGAAUAGUAUCAGCUGAACCUUUUAAUUCAUUUAUCUGGCUGGACUGUUAAUAGCCUACAGGUCCUACCUCCCCCCACACUGAGACAGAUCUGUGGUAUGAGUUUGAAGCCUGAGAACAGGUGUCUGCCAUGGGAGGAGAGCUUCUGACCUGAGACCCACACCAAAUCUCGAAGAGUCCUGGCCAGGGGUGGGCUCUGCACCUGCAGGCUAUCCCGACCAGUCCUUCCCAGAGCCAGCAAGAACCAAAUGACAUCUCAACCUUGAAAUACCAGUCACAGCUGUGCAGCAUGGAGCAGCUGGCACAGACGAUGCCUAGAAGAGCUUGGUGUUCCCAGGACUCUGCACUUUGCCAGGAAGAAGAGGACAUGACCAGAUCUUUUAAAGCAGUGACAUUCAAGGAUGUGGCUGUGGACCUCACCCAGGAGGAAUGGCAGCAAAUGAAACCUGCCCAGAGGAGUUUGUACCGAGAUGUGAUGCUAGAGACCUACAGCAACCUUGUAACCGUAGGUGGUCCAGUCCCCAAACCAGAUGUGAUCUUCAAAUUAGAGCAAGAAGAGGAGCCCUGGGUGGUGGAAGAAGAGAUGUUCUGGAGACGCUCUGCAGAAGCCAGAAGAGGAGGAAAGAACACGUUUGCAUCUAAAGACAUGGCCAAGGGCUUGAAUUUCAAAGAUGUGGUCAUUUACUUCUCUCGAGAGGAAUGGAAGUGCUUGCACCCUUCCCACAGGAAUUUGUACCAGGAUGUAAUGUUGGAGACUUACAGCAACCUGAUUUCACUAGGUAUUGCUGACACUAAGCCGAGUGUGAUCUCCCUUUUAGAGCAGGGGAAAGAGCCCUGGAUGGUGAUGAGGAACGAGACAAAAGAAUGGCAUUCGGAUUGGGCGUCUAGAAGAGAAGGCAAGAACUUACUUCCAAAGGAUGGCUACAGAAUUAUAUCAACAAAAUUAUUGCAACAAAAGGUGGCAAAAAAGCGUACACAGUCCAGCCUUGAAAACAACAGAACUAGAGGUAACAGAGAGAUCACAGGCCAGCUGGAGAUGCAACAGGACCAUCAGGAGGGACAUUUGAAACAAGCUGUGGUGACCUCUGUCAGGAGGCCUAGUUCCUUCCAGUGCACAGCCCAUAAAGAAGCUCACUCUGGAGAAAAACCCUAUGAAUGUAAGAAAUGUAAGAAAACAUUCAUGUGCCGGUCGUGUCUCAUUGAACACGAGCAAAUGCACAAUAAGGAAAAAGGCAUUAAGUGUACACAGUGUGGGAAAGUCUUUAGCUGUAGGUCAGACUUGACUAUGCACCAAAGACUUCAUGAAAGCAAAAAAAGCAAUGAAAAUAAGAAAAGUGCCCUUAAUUGUGGUUCUGACAUUUUGAGACCUCAGAGUACUCACAGUAGUGAGAAACCUCAUAAGUGUAAGGAAUGCGGGAAAGGUUUCCAUUCUACCUCACAGCUCAGUCACCAUCAAAAGUUGCAUAUAGGUGAGAAGCCCUACAAGUGUAAGGAGUGUGGGAAGGCAUUUCCAUCUGUCGCACAGCUUAGUCUUCACCAGAGAGUUCACACUGAUGAGAAGUGCUUUGAGUGUAAGGAAUGUGGGAAAGCCUUUACCCGCCCCUCACAUCUCCUUCGUCACCAGCGAAUCCACACUGGUGAGAAGCCACAUAUGUGUAAGGAAUGCGGGAAGGCCUUCCGUUACGACACUCAGCUUAGUCUUCAUCAGCUGACUCACGCCGGGGCGAGACGCUAUGAGUGUAAGGACUGUGACAAGGUGUAUAGUUGUGCCUCACAGCUCACUCUACAUCAGAUGGUUCACACCGGGGAGAAGCCCCACAAGUGUAAAGAGUGUGGGAAAGGCUUUAUCUCUGAUUCACACCUUCUUCGACAUCAGAGUGUUCACACUGGUGAGAAGCCCUAUAAAUGUAAGGAGUGCGGCAAGGGCUUUCGUCGUGGCACAGAGCUUGCCCGACAUCAGAGAGCCCAUGCUGGUGAUAAACCCUAUAAAUGUAAGGAAUGUGGAAAGUCCUUUACUUGUACCACAGAACUCCUUAGACAUCAGAAAGUCCACACUGGUGAGAGACCCCACAAAUGUAAGGAGUGUGGGAAGGCUUUCAUCCGAAGAUCAGAACUAACACAUCAUGAAAGAAGCCACAGUGGUGAAAAGCCCUAUGAGUGUAAGGAGUGCGGGAAGACCUUUGGCCGCGGCUCAGAACUUAGUCGACACCUGAAAAUCCAUACUGGGGAGAAGCCCUAUAAGUGUAAACAGUGUGGGAAAGCCUUCAUUCGUGGCUCUCACCUUACCCAACAUCAGAGAAUUCAUACAGGGCAGAGGAGUGAAUGAGGAAACGCUGCCAUCAAAAAGUCCUACAGUUAGAGCCCCUACAAUGGCUAACAGAUGUGGGACAGCAGCAUUGCAGGCUUCCUCAUCUGCACUAGAAUUCAUACGCAGACCCAGUUAGGGCCAGAAAUGACUGGACAUUUGUCACCAGUAAGAAACCUCACAAUUACAGAAAUUGGAAGUGACUUAAUUAUUCCAGAAUUUAUUGUGAGCUUUAGCUAAUGGAAAACUGGAAAUUCCCAUGGAUAUAAAGAAAGUAGGAAUGCCCUCUCAGUGGCCCAGAGCCAAGUAGGCCCAGGGAAUUCACACCAGAGAAACACUGAGGAGGUAGUAAAUACACCAGAGGAGUUAGUGGUUCGCCCUGAAGAGAAAAUUCAUAAUCACUACAGAUGUGAUCUUUCGUACUUAAGGUCACACUUACGUUCAAAGUGCAGCACAUUCUCCCUUCAUCCCACUCACAUUCUAUGAAAUAUUUGCAGAUUUACUCUAUAAAAUGAGCUUGAACUGAGGAAGUGUAGAAAAGGACUUGACCAUGUUUACCUUUAACUCAAGAGUUAGAGCAGGGUAAAUUACUUACUGACUUUAAAAUUCUUUUAUAAAUUAGCAAUGUUAGAAUCAUAUAUCUAGUUAUACUGUGAGUAUGUGUAUAGCUUGCAUACUAGCAUCUAACUAGUUUUUAAAGUGUACCAAAUGCAUCAGGGCAUUGUGGUGCAUACCUGUAAUCUAAGCACCUGGAAGCUAAAGGCAGGAGGAUUACAAGUUUGAGGCUAGCUUGAAGGAUAUUCCAAGGAAAAAGUAUACCAAAGAUAGCUGCUUUCUUGUUACUUUCAAACUUGUGAACUUUUAUAUUACAAUCUUAUAAAAGGAAAGCCUUACAUGCCUGGUGGUUGGAGGGACAUUUUGCAUUGUCUCCUAGACUGUUACAGAAUCAGGUUCCUUUUAAAGAAAAGCUGAAAGCUUCCAUUCAUCGUUUGCCCUUCUCCUAGUCAGGAGGCUCACAGUUUGAUCGCAGACCCGUUAUUUUUCCCGUUAUUUUGAUGACACAGAGUUGUGUGUGGGCUGAAGAUGAAAGUUUCUGAGCUAAGGCCGGUUGGAUGAGCAAAGUGUAGGCCUUGCCUAUCUGCGGCAUUACCACUUCCCUCUGCUGUGUCACCAGCCACAGCCACGCACAGUCUGGUCCUCCUCCUGCACACUUGGUCUCACGUGUGCGAGAGGAUCUGAGCAGAAGUGCACGUGGGCUUUAGUAAGAAGACAGGGAAAUGGUCUUCCCACCUGCAGGGAGCACAUCUGUGCGCCAGGAGGCGCCUGAUUUGUGUUGCAGUCCAAAGGGCCAGAAGCUGAGACUGUCCUAGGCAAUGUGAGGUCAUUGACGUGGCUUCAGGAAACCAUGAACUGCAGAAUAAGAAAUGCAUACAUUGAAAAUUCAGCUCUUUACAUUGUACCUCUUAGAAAUUACCAUUUAAAAUAUAUUUAUAUAAAUAUUCAGUUUCAGUAAGGUAGGAUGUUUAUAUAAAAUUUCAGCUUUUAUAGUGUAUCUGAUAUAGAGAAGCAGUACUUUUAAAGAACUUUUAGCCAUAUUAUCGAAAUGUAUACUCAGCUUUGACUUAGUAAGAUAUAGGCUGUUUACGUACAGCAUUUGAUGGUGUCUUUUUAUAUCCUGGAAAAGUAUUGUUUUCCUGAAUGAAGUGAGAGCCAAAGAGAACCUGCUUAAGGAACUACACUAAUUCCUCUACACCUGAGUCAUCUGGCAGCUAAAAAUCUUCUACCUCUUCAGGACACAAGGCACUCACAGCUAUGCAGGAGCAAACCUUUUUACCAAAUUUGGAAAAGCACAGCAUCUAAAAUCAACAGCUAUCUACAAAUCCGUUUUACUUAGAGUAGAGGGUAUUCUGACUAGACAGCAAGUCUUGUCGGAAGCCCAGGGAAAAGGAACGAGGUGCUUUGUUCAGAUGUUUGUAGGUGCACUGAUGAGCAAAGAGAAACUUAGAGCAGGUGCUGUGAAGGGAAUUUACCUCCCUGCCUGCAGGCUCCACUUGGGAACAGCGCCCUCUAGUGAUUCCUUCCGGCUCGCUGCUAAGGGUUAGACAGACUACUGCAGACAGUGCAGGCAGAGUCCAGGUAGGGCGUGCCUGCCGUCCACCUUUGAUUUUUUGAUACAGGUCCUCGUGAGCUGGGACUGACUAGUGAACCCCAGGGACCCACUUGGCUCUAGCCUUAGCAUUGGAGUUAAAAGCAAGUGCCACAUCACCUGACUUUUUUAUGUGGAUUUUGGGAGAUGAACUCAGGUCCUCAUGCUUGUACAGCAAGCACUUUACUGGCUGAGCAUCUCUCCAGCCCAUCAAGUAUUUUUUAAAUGGGAAUUUUAAUCUGCACUGGUAUAUUAACUUAAUAAAUCUAAAAUUUUAACUAUUCUAAAAAUAGAACUUGCACACAUUUUAUAAGAAUUAAAUUAAUAAAAGCAGGAUUUUAAAAGGUGAUAUUAGUACUAAUUUCAGUGUUAGAAGGAUAGCUCUUUACUUUUCUGCUCAUGUGUACAUACUUUUUUCAAGACUUGAAUGUCCUCUCCCAAAUGUAUGUAUCAUGAUGCACCUGAAAGCAAGAAUAUACUGAGUAACUUCUUUAGUGAAGCAACGUUGCAUACACUGUUGUCAGUGGAUGCUGUGCUCCGUGCUCACUCACUCCGGCUGGGACACACCCACACUUUUCUCACAGGGUCUGGGUGGGAAGGGUAUUGAAUGGAAUUGUGCAUGCACACAGGAGUGCAGCCGCCUUUCCUCACAUGGUAAUCUACUAUAAACCUCUUUCCAGUCAGCACAGAUCUAACUAGCUUCACAUACUCACACAGCCCGUUCCUCACUAGCGAGUGUUGAGGUUAUUUUACCAUCAACGAUGAGUUCAGGACCCAGAUAUUGCCAUAUGUUGGAGCUUCUGCUUCUGUAAAGCAGGUGUACUCCUGCUAUUUGAAUCCUUGCCUUAACAUAGUAGAUUUAAAAUGUACUUGGUGCCUUAUUUUUGUGGGAAGCUCGCCAUUAUCUCAACAGAAAUGUGUGUGUUUCCCAGCAGUGUAAACCAGGACUGAAAAUGUGCCUUCCAUUUGCACUUCUUAACUGCCAGCAAGGCUGAGCGUCUCCUGUGCCUUUGGACAUUUGAGCUUUGUUUCUGUGACUUGCACAUUGCUGUCAGUCUCCCUUUGUAAAACUGGAGUUGGGCCAGGCAGUGGUGGUGCACGCCUUUAAUCCCAGCACUCAGGAGGCAGAGGCAGGUGGAUCUCUGUGAGUCCAAGGCCAGCCUGGUCUACAAGAGCUAGUUCCAGGAGAGGCUCCAAAG